AUGUCGACCGGCGCGAUCGACACUCCGUACCGCAUCCCCUCGAAUGAGUCUUUCUUCCACACGCCCUUGUCGCCCGUCGAUGCCUCUGGUGAUUCCACCGAAUUCUUCAUGGCAGAGGACGCGCACGGGGAUCAGCCCCCGAGUGCGAUCGACGACUCGACAGUAACACAGAACCAAGGAGCCGACGACGCGCAAGACACAACAACCACCACCACAUCCACCACCGAGACAAACGCAGACCAUGCUGCUACAACCACAAUAACAGAGCAGCAGCAGCAAGGCACGACGGAUGAGCUGAGCCUCCUACCCCCUCUGACGGAUCGCGACGACAGCAGCCUCCUGCCACUCAGCGAAAAUGGCGACCACGAACGCGGCACCAACCAAACCCUGAUCGAGGAGACGGAAAUGCGGCGCAAGCUCAUGGAUAUGGAAUCCAGUUUCUUGCCAGAGCCCUCGACCAUCGAUGUCGCUGCGACCGGCCCUGUUGCGGGCGCGGACGAUACCUAUCUCGUCGGGGUAUCUGGCGACCACGCGGCGGACAUAUCUUUUGAGGGACUGUCGCACACUUACCAAGACUCAGCGCCGGCACAGGACCAGAACAAGGAUCUACCAACCGUCCACGCGGCGGAAGCGGCGCAGCAAGGGGACAGCGACUCGGGACUCGACCCCAUGAACUCGUCACCGGCCGCUGCUGCUGCGAACCGCCGGAAUCCGCUCACUUUGUCAGAGACGAACCCCGACUCCGGCCAAUUCUCCCAAGACGACCGAUACUAUAGAUCUCAACUGUCCCAAUCAGAGAACGAGUCACAGCUUACACCAUCCAAACUUCAAAGGUCCUCUCGCAGCGUGUCGCCGGGUCCGUCAAGGUUAUUCAGUGAUCAAAGCAGUUGCUCUGGAGACGCAGCCUUGCGUGGUAGCAGCAGGAGAGGAACUCGACCCAAAUAUCUGAACAGCCGCCAAGGGCCUCAUCGUCUCUCGCAUUCCUCUGUCACAAGCACCAACACGGAAACGACAAAUAGUGAUGCCACAUUAGGAGGAGACUACGCCCUCCAGUCAGGGGGUGCUGCCUCUGACCAAUUUGGGAGCCUCCAUGCUGGAACACGUACCAACAUGACAAGAACAACCAGUCUUGGUAGUAUGGCAUCUGGGAUCUCUGGAUACAGCGAAGAGAAUUCUCUAGAGAAACGCAAUGUGAACGGCCCCUUCGAUGGUGGCUUGCAAACCCUGAAUGAAGAGGAAGGCUCACCACGGUCGGCACGGCAGACAGCGAGGUUUGACGAGAUCUCAGCACCGGAGACGCCAAGAGCGCGACCGCGAGACAGUACCUUUCCGACUGAUACGGCUAUUGCAGAUCGCGUCAAGGGCAUUCAAGUUCCAAGCACUUUUGUACAACGGUUCCGAGAAGACUUCCAGGGCACGUCUCCUGAGAAACGGCUAGGCGGCUCGACUCCUGCGUUUGGGAGAAGCGGCCGCUCAAUGACACUCAAAGAACAAAGCAGCACAAUUGACCGUCUCUCGAAGGAAAACUUCGACCUGAAAAUGCGAAUCCAUUUCCUGAACGAGGCGCUGAACAAGCGGUCUGAGGAAGGCAUCAAGGAAAUGAUCUCUGAGAACGUCGAGCUGAAAUCAGACAAGCUCAAGCUACAAAAGGACAAUCAAGGCCUCAAGCGCAAGAUCCGUGAUUUGGAGAAACAACUGAAGGAUCAUCAAUCGGACAAGGAAUCAAUGGUCAAUCACGAUCCGGAGGGCUCAGAAGGAGACCGUGACUCGGCCCAGGAUGGAGAAGUUGUCUACCUGCGUGAGCGGGUUGAAACUUACGAGCUCGAAAUUGAGCGAUUGAGGUCCGAAAGUGUCGCAAGAGAAAGCGAAAAACGCCGUCUGGCCGAAAUGGUCAAGUCCUUGAGCGAGAACCGAGCUGGAGGGUCUGAUGCAGGUGCUAGAGAGGAGAGAGAUAUGUGGAAAGAUAUGCUGGAUGCGGAGACUGCUGCGCGAGAGCAAGCCGAAGAUGAAAACCGAAGGCUACGAGAUGAGACGAUCCGUCUGCGGAGCGAGAUGUACACUGCUACCGGCGGCACAAAGCCUGGACAGCGUGAUCGGGGCGGUUCAACGGUUUCCUACGCGUCAGCUUCCGACAAGGAUGGCAGCCGAACUGUCACUUCCAGCAACACGCUCAUGGUCGAGAUUGAACUUCUGAAGCAGGAGAAUGCAGAGCUGAGAAAGGAAGUCAGCGCGCAGACUUCAAUGCUGACGUCUCGCAACCGGGAGAAAGAACGCCUCUAUCAAGAAAUCGAGGAGCUGAAACUUGGCCAACGGCGCGAUGGUAGUCGAUCAGUUGCGGGAGACAGCAUUCUCGACCGCUCAGCAUCACGCGCCAACAUCAGGCCGUCGUCUUCCGAAGUGAGCGACGGAACACGUACCAGUGAUCUAGACCGCGACGAGCUGGAGGCACGUAAUGGACAAUUACGCGAUCAGGUGUCUACCCUCAAGCUUGAGAACCAGGCCAUCGGGGCCCAGCUUGACGACUACAUCCGUGAACUGGAAGCGAUUGAUCAAGCGUACCAAGCCGAUGUCGACCAAGCCGAAGAGGAGAUGCAGAACUUGCAGCAAGAGAGAGACCAGGCUCUGCAGCUGGCUGACGAGCGCGAGGCUGCUUUCCUGGAGCUGCAAGCUGAGGCGCAGGAAGAGCUGGACGCUCUCGGGGAGGAGCUUGAUCAGAAGAUUGCCGAGUGUCAACGCAUGAACGAGGACUUGAACAACCAGGAUGAGAGUCUCAAGGUCUUGCAGGCGGAGAUGCGCUCGGCGAGCGAAGGUAUUAUCCGUCUCGAAGAAGAUGCUCAAAACAAUCUCGAGAGAUACCAGACCGUGCAGCAAGAACUGGAGGAGACCAACAGCGAGAUGGAGGCACUGGAAAAGAGUCUGUUCGAGGCCAACACCAAAGUACAGCGACUGACGGUGCAGAUCGAGUCAAGCCAGAAUGAGAUUGCGUUCUUGCGAGAAGAGCAAGAUGGCGAUAAGAUCCGCAUUGGUGACCUGGAGUCUGAGCUGAAGACCUAUGCAAUGAGUCUGCACAGUGAAAAGGAGAAGACCAGGGAGCUCGAGCAGCGACUGGCAGGCGAACGACACCAGCGCGAGGUGGUUGGAAGCAAGGAGAAGCAGGAGGUCCAGCGGAUCAUGAACGAACUGAACCGCGAAGCCUCGGCAGCGAAGGAGGAAGCCCGAAGGCUAAAGAAGAGCUUGUCAGCUCAGGAGAUUGAGACUUCUACUUGGCGCGAACGACUCAUGGACCUGGAGAACAACCUCCGCGAGACACUGGGUGACUUGAAUGGUAGCCGAUCCAGCUUGAUUUCCAACAUCAUGAAGUUGCAGAAAGAGCUCGAGUCAACUGCUCUGGAACUGGAGAGUGUCCGCUCCCAACUGGACGAGAAGGAUUCGAUUCUUCGCAACCGCGAUGCUCUCCUAGAGAGCCAUGGCUUAGAGUCCCGUAAACUCUCGGAGCUGCUCGAACGUGAGCGGCAGGCCCGACGGGCAGACAAGCAGUCGUUUGAGCAGUCGCUUAAAUCUCACCACCAGGCGUCUCGGACUAUCACACAUAACCACUCUCGCAUUACGGAACUAGAAAAUGCGCGCAAUCAAGAUCGCAAGAGGUUCAUGACGCUGGAGCAGCAAUUCAAAGAUCAGCUCAGCGAGCGCAACGCUCUAUUCCUGAACAUCUGGAAACGGCUGUCUGCGAUGUGUGGGCCGGACUGGGCUCACUCUAACAGUUUGAUUAAUGGCAACCUUCCCAGCCAAGAGGUUAUUGGUAAUAUCUUGUUCUGGCCCGGUUUCAGCCGCAACCUUUCGCUUGCGAUCAAAACUGUUGAGAGCGUGAUUUCAGGGUUAAAGACCCGGAUUAAGACCGUUGACCACGAUCUGAACAAACAAUAUCAAAACCUCGAGAAUUCGUUCAACACCAGGGUCCGAAAACUCGAACGGCUUGAGGAAGCUGUCAAGAAUCUGCGAUCUCAACAGCAAGGUCGUGGCCACUCCAACUCGUCGUCGGAGAUAUCCAAACUGAAGGGUGAGAACCGGCUCUUGAAGGCAGAACUCAACCUGCUCCAGUCCAAUUCGCGCACCCACGGCUCUGUGUCAGCGGCCGCAGCGUCAGUCAUGACCUCAGGCCCACGUUCCCCAUCUCUUGGAACAGCGGCAAAUUCAGAACGAGCGGUAUCUCGUCACAAUUCUACGACAGGCGCUGAACAGAAGUCUCGCUCUGAAAGAGGGUUGGCACGCAGUUCAACGGGCCUACCGCAGCCUUCUCACUCCUCAUCCACCAGCACUCUGACCAAUGACACUGGGGCCAUAAUGCACCGCACGCGCAGUGGGACUAGCGGCUGGGAAGGCGGCGACGAUAAAUGGAUUCAUCGACUGCACGAACUGGAGAAGCGACUCAAGUCAGAGCGUGAAGGGCGUCUGCUCGACCGCAGUGGCGCGCGCAAACGGCUUGAGGAGCGCGAUGCAGAAAAUCAGAGACUACGCGACCAGAUUCAACGUGAACGAGUUCGCCGAGGCCCCUCGGGCACCAUCACUGAUGGCAGCACUACGGGACGCAGUCGCGGGCUGGUCUCAGAUGAGGCAGUCAGCUCAAGUGAGGGCGAGGGCAUCACAGUGGAUAUUGAGGUUUAA